GCCGCUCCCGCCUGGCUCCAGAGUUGCGGCGGCUGCCCCAAUUCCUCCCAAGCGGACAGCUGCCAUGGCCGAGAUGAGCAAUAGUGCCCCUUCCAAGGAACGUAGGCGGCCCUCGGAUCUGGUUGCGCCCGAGAUCACGUACCACGUUCCUCAGGCGAAUCAGCAUGGCCGACAGUCUUCAUUGGUGAGGCCUCACGGACCCUCGGCGCCGCCUCCAAGACUAGAUAAGAUGGGGCCGGCACCAAUGGUAAUCACACCAGUGCUACCUCCUAAGCCGCCGACGCUGCCCGUGUCUGAUCGGCCGCCUCCGAGGACAGAUCGUAACAUCGACAAGGUUGUUUUGGGGAACCUAUGUUUCCGCACGUGGUAUCCGAGCUACUACGGUAAAGAGGUUCUAGGAGCUACAUCAGGCAAUGCGAAGGGCGGCAGCAAGGACGGGCUUCUUGACGCCGCUGGAAAGGGGCCGUCAAAGAAAGAGAAAGACGGCCUACCCAUGCUAGAGAGGCUAUACGUCUGUCCUAGCUGCUUCAAGUAUGCCAAAGAGCUCGUGGCUUGGUGGGGUCACGUCAAACUGUGCCAGCAGCGAGCUCAUGUCCCGGGGAACAAGAUAUAUGUACAUCCCAAAGGCAGGCGGACCGUGUACGUUGCGCAGGAUGGCAGUCGAGGUCCAGGACAGAAAAAGCGGCGAGGAGAAGGAAAUAUACGCUACGUUGAGGAAGUUGUUCAGGACGAGGGAGAAUGGAGCCUCUGGGAGGUGGAUGGAGAGCAGGAUGUGCUCUUCUGCCAGAAUCUGUCCCUCUUUGCGAAGCUCUUCCUAGAUAACAAGUCUGUUUUCUUUGACGUGACAGGCUUCAACUACUUCUUAUUGGUAUACACACCACCAAGCGUGGCAACGCCAUCCGGUGUGCCUGUUCCCCCUGUGACGCCGCAAAUCACAGGCUUCUUCUCAAAAGAGAAGAUGUCUUGGGACAACAAUAACCUAGCGUGCAUCCUCAUAUUCCCUCCGUGGCAACGCAAGGGACUCGGUGCCCUCCUAAUGGGCGCCUCCUACGAAAUCUCGCGAAGGGAAGGCAUCAUGGGCGGUCCUGAGAAGCCUAUAUCUGAUUUGGGCAAGAAGGGAUAUCAGCGGUUCUGGGCCGGAGAGAUUGCCCGCUGGCUGCUUAGCCUGGACGUUUCGCAGACGGAUCAGGAAAAAGGCCAGGAGACGCUUGUUGACGUGGAGGACUGCAGUCAAGCGACAUGGAUUACACCAGAGGACUGCUUGGGUGUGUUAAGAGACAUGGGUGUUGUGGAGGAUGCUGGCGUGGGGCCUGGAAAGCCAGAGCCUUUAGAAGACCAGCAAGUUCAUCUAUCUGAAGAAGACAAGAAGAAGAAACAAGCAGCAGCAGCCACUGAGGAAGAUGCGGCGAAACAGAACAUCAAAGGAGCAUCGGCCGAGGCGGAAGAUGAGAAGCAAAAGCCCAAGCCAGCCGUCAAGCAAGUCCCGCGAGUCCGAAUCGACAAGGAGGCAGUGCGGCGAUACGUGGCUGCUCAUCGGCUGCUUUUGGAGAAGACGUGUGAUUCGGAUGGCUUCAUAGAGGGAUAUGCAAUGAAGACGGCGGAGAAGGCAGCCAGCGAAAGUGCUGAAUCUAGAGACGAGGCUUCGGCAAGAGGAUAGAGGAUAAAGGAUGCGGAUGGGCCUUGGCGCAAUGGGACUUACAAUGAUACCCCCCUUUUGAUUUUUUUUCUAC